AUGGAAUCUCCAACAGUUUCAAAAAAUGGCUCCUCAUCUUUUUACAAUGAACGACAAGGACAUUGUUCAAUUUGUUCAGAAAAUGAUGUUAAAUUGGUCAAUCUCUCAAAGAAUUGUAAACAUUUAUCAAAUUGUUGUGUUCCAUGUUUAACACAAAGUAUUUCUACUGAUAUUGAAUCAAAAGGAGCUUAUUCAUUUCAAUGUCCGAUGCCAGCAUGCAAUAUUAAAUUCGAACCUGAAGAAUAUUAUCAAUUAUUAGACAAACGAUUGGUUGGUAUUGUAGAUAAAUUAUUGUUACAUCGAAUACUUGAAAUUAAUGAAGAAUUCAGAUGGUGCAAAUCAAGCAAAGGAUGCGGUGCUGGACAACUUGUAUCGAAUCAUAAGGAUUUACUUGGGUAUUAUGCAUGUUAUGCUUGUGGAGAAAUGUUAUGUUUUCGUCACUCAAUUGAAUGGCAUAAAGGUUUUACUUGUGAUGAAUUUGAUGCUGAAAGAGCCCGAAACGAUGAUUUAGCCUCUGAUGUAACUGUUCUUGCAUUUACUAAGAAAUGUCCAAAUGCAUUAUGUGCUACUCCAAUAAUGAAACAUGAAGGAUGUGAUGUCAUGACUUGUUGUCGGUUUGGAACUCAUGUUUGUGCUGAAUCGAAAGGUACUUGUGAUCAUGGAGGACGAAACUAUUGUGGACAACGCUUUUGUUGGAUUUGUCUCGGGAAAAUCGACAUCGAUAAGAAGACAAACACUUUUAUAAGACAUUGCAAAGCAAAUUGCAAGUAUAAUUCAUUGAAUUAA